UUACACGUUGUUCUCGUAUAGUGUGUUCCGACUUCGUUUCAAGUAGGAAGAUGAGGUUGAUAAAGAUGAAUGAACUUAUCUGUGGUCAAGGUCGAUCAAGCUCAAAACGAAACAUCGUCUUGGGUCAGUGAAGAAAUCUCUAAUGGAUCGGAAGGACAUUUUAUUAUCUCUCCAAGUCGGUAAAAGAGCUGUUUCAUCGUUCGUGUUUACAAUCAUCAGUGUAACGAGAAUCGCUAUCGGGACUCAUAACGUACGCAGUGAAACAAAUGCACAUCCCAGUAAUUAAUUUUUUAACGUCGAUCCCAGCUGCUACUGGCUGCGGAUCCGCUGAUGCCGCUCAUGUCGAAAAAUCGCUCGACCUGCCACGCAGUAAGAAACGGUCAAAAAAUCUUGCUAGGGAGCUUCAGUUCCUCGUUGACAACAACGGCAAACGAGCCAAACGUGAUCAACCAAAGUGUCCCAUAUGCCAAGUACGAAUCGAUCCUGCACAGUGGGACGAACAUUAUAAACUUGAAUUGUCACGGCUUGAAAAAGUCCAGUCCGAUGCAUAUGAAGAUCCCUUGGACAAAAGCAAAGGAAAGAGACGUGGUGCCGCAGUUGUAGCUAGACAACAGAUGGAGCGAUCAAGUGGGCGAAAGAAAACCCUUUCAGUAUACGAAGAAGCUUUGGAAAAAAUCCAGAAAAAUCGAAACCACCGUAAAGAAGCUCUACGACGAAUAGACGGUAGUCAGGAUCAGCAUCCGUCAGACACACUAAUACAAGACGACCAUUCAUUGGCACUAAGUCAAGCAUUACUAGAAGGUGGCGACGAUGUUCAAACAUGCUUCAUCUGCAACGAAACGCUUCAUGGCGAUUUGGAAGCAAUUAAUCUCCAUAUCGACAGUUGCCUAGCCAACAUGAAUAGCACCGGCUCAUCAGCUACAACGCCAGAUGUCACAGAGCCAAGCGGUGGUAGUGGCAGCAAUUCAUGGGACGAGUAUGAAUGGGCAGGGCAGACACGUGUCCGAGCAACAGCCAUGAUGGAUGGAGGCUACGGUGGCGCAGGUUUCGCCACGACGAGCAAACGAGAAGAGGACGAAGAUGUAGACGAAGACCUGGAUGUAGAAGAUGAUGAUGCAGACCAGUAUGGACAGACACAAUACACAGAGCGAGAUAUUUAUGCCACCGACGAAACCGAGGACGUAUCUGCAUUACGCGAAAUGGUUUCUGGCGGUGGAGGCUCCGGUAGCAGUGCACGGCAGACGACACCUUCUGUGGAUUCUCCACGCAGUGGAUUUGAAGAAACGGUAUCAGAUGAAGGCUGGCAGCGCUCAAUUCUGUCGUCUAGUGAGCAACAUCAAGUGCCAGGAUCUGGUCACUCUCGGUUGGUCAUUGAAUCGCUAAAAUCCCGUAUUCAUCAACUGGAAGUCGUCUCACGCUCGGCACCUCGUUGUCUAAUUUGUUUGGAGCCCUACAAAACACCUCUCACGUCCAUUGUAUGUUGGCAUGUUCACUGUGAACAAUGUUGGCUUCAAACGCUUGGUUCCAAAAAGCUUUGCCCUCAAUGUCAAAAGAUUACCACACCCGCCGAUUUAAGGCGCAUUUACCUGUAAAAUCCUUCCGCCAUCCAUAUCGCAUCAUCUCAUCUUCUAUCUCUCUAUCACAUCACCUCUUUCUUUCCGACCACCAUUCUCAUCUUAUAUACUGCACUUGUAUUUACUUCUUUCCGCUUGUAAUAUAAAACCAUAUUUCUCUUUAUGUUAAAAUGAUGUGUAGUGUGUAAUUACUUUGUGAAGUUGCUCAUCCACCACUACUACUGUUGGUGCUGGUGCUGGUGCUGCUGAGAUGAUGAUGAUGAUGCUGAACCAUAAAGGGGCAUAGGUUCUAAUGGACGUAUGUACUAUAUAGCUAGCUUUACACAUCGACAGCUUUUGAUAUAAUGUGC